UUCUGUCACAUGAAAGACCGAUGUACCAACUAUAGUUCUACGUAACUUGCGCCAGUGAGCGACGGGUGAGCGACUCCUUCGGACGAUUGCACGAUAAUCUUCUACGAUAGAAUAUCUCUUCAAGGACCUUAAUAAGAAGAUAUUUAAUACUUUUGCCUCUGAAUCUUGAGAAAAAGAAGAAGAAAUUAUUUCUUUUAAAAUGGAUAAACCAGUUUCGUCGGAUAUCGUUUUAAUAGCGGGUAAUUCACAUCCAGAGUUGGCUAAUCUAAUCGCCAAUCGUCUUGGUGUAAAGCAUGGUGGAUGUUCCGUAUACCAUAAAUCGAAUCGUGAAACUAUGGUUGAAAUAAGUGAUUCUGUGCGAGGUAAAGAUCUAUAUAUAAUUCAAACUGGUACAAAAGAUGUUAAUAAUAAUAUAAUGGAGCUCCUGAUCAUGGCAUACGCGUGUAAAACAUCAUCAGCAAAAAAUAUUGUCGGAGUAAUUCCUUAUUUACCUUAUUCUAAACAAUGUAAAAUGCGUAAGCGUGGUUGUAUAGUUUCCAAACUCUUAGCAAAGAUGUUAUGCAAAAGCGGAUUAACGCAUAUAAUUACUAUGGACUUGCAUCAAAAAGAAAUCCAAGGCUUUUUUGAUGUUCCUGUAGAUAAUUUAAGAGCCAGUCCAUUUUUAUUACAAUAUAUUCAAGAAUCUAUACCUGAUUAUCACAAUUCUGUAAUCGUUGCAAGAAAUCCAGGAAGCGCAAAAAAAGCAACUAGCUAUGCAGAAAGAUUGCGUCUAGGAAUAGCAGUUAUACACGGAGAACAAAGAGAGGCCGAAUCGGAUAUGAACGAUGGACGUUAUUCUCCACCAGCACUAGCUUCAAGAACGAUGGAGGUAGGCGUGGGUGUACCUAUGCAUCCUGCUAAAGAAAAGCCUCCGAUCAAUGUUGUAGGAGAUGUGGGAGGACGCAUUGCCAUUAUGGUGGAUGAUAUGAUAGAUGAUGUACAAUCUUAUGUAGCUGCGGCUGAAGUACUUAAGGAAAGAGGUGCAUAUAAAAUCUAUGUGUUAGCCACUCAUGGUUUGCUCAGUUCUGAUGCACCUAAACUUAUCGAAGAGUCACCAAUUGACGAGGUUGUUGUGACCAAUACUGUACCUCAUGACGUACAAAAAAUGCAAUGUCCAAAAAUCAAAACUGUUGACAUAAGCAUUUUACUAGCCGAAGCUAUUCGGCGCAUUCACAACAAAGAAUCUAUGUCUUAUUUGUUUAAAAAUGUUACAUUAGAAGAUUGAAAAUGUGUAGAUAUUUGUAUAAUUUACAAUAAAAAAUCUAAAUUUAG